GAAGGGUUCCAAGCAGCUAAAAUUACAGAGGGUGAAGAAAAUGACUGAAAAAGCUGUGAGAAGGGGCUGAGCCCUGCCAGGAGAGGAGGAGAAGGAAGCUCUCUGACUGAGUUCCUGGAUUCCCAGCACUGCUAAGGAUUCCUGGGAAGAUUUUGGGACAGGAGCCAAAGUCCCCCAUAUCCUGUCCCUGUCAGAUUUCUGACACCGGAGGAGCCUGGCGGCGGAGCUCACAAGUCUGUCAAGGGACUCAUGCUUACGGUAACUGUUUUGGAAUUUCUGAUUUUUGUAUGGGAAGAUCUAUGGAAGUUGCAGCUGAAACCGCUUGGCAUUCUCCGAAGACUUCCUGAGCAGAUCUCCAAGUCUUUUUAUGGAGUAUCCAAGUGUGCAUAAAAGGACUAAAACACAUGCUUAUAGCCUCAGGUGAAGAGUAGACCCAGCAGGGGGGGGGGGGGGACACCGGGAGGUGAUCCUAUCCCAUCAACUUUUGUGACCUGAAGAUUCAGACCAAUACAGAUCUGCUGCCGUGAGGACCGUUAAUGGAAUCAUGUAGGUGCCAUGAAAAUUGAGUCUUAGGUCCUUUGAGGAUAUAGCGAAUAUUUAUUCAGUACAUUUAUGCCUAGGGUAAGGAUGUUCAGGUGCUCUCCAGAAACCGGUCGUUGCCUCUUGGAUUACCUUUUACGUUUUUUUUUUGGAUGAGUGAAUAGCAUGUGAAUACAUUUUCCCAGUACUGACGAGCUAGGAUAUUUUCGAAUCUCAUUCUUCCAUUGCAUCUUCAAAAUAUGGACCUCCGAACAGGUUAGCGGAAGUCUUCAGAUGGGUGAAUGCCGUAGUUUAUGUUUUGCUACUAUUUACCAGUGCUGACAAAUUUUGGAUAUUUCUCGAUUCUGUUCUUCCAUUGCUUCUCCAAAAUAUGGACCUCCGAACAGGUUAGCGGAAGUCUUCGAAUGGGUGAAUGGCGUAGUUUAUAUUUUGCUAUUUCCCAGUACUGACAAAUUUUGGAUAUUUCUCGAUUCUGUUCUUCCAUUGCUUCUCCAAAAUAUGGACUUCCGAAUAGGUUGACGGAAAACCUUUGGAUAGUUGAAUGGCGUAGUUCAUGUGUUGCUACUAUUUCCAAGUACUGACAAGUUUGGACAUUUCUGGAUUCUGAUGUCCCAUUGCUUCUCCAAAAUAUGGACCUCCGAACAGGUUAGCGGAAGUCUUUGUAUGGGUGAAUGCCGUAGUUCAUGUUUUGCUACUAUUUCCAAGUACUGACAAAUUUUGGAUAUUUCUCGAUUCUGUUCUUCCAUUGCUUCUCCAAAAUAUGGACCUACGAACAGGUUGACGGAAACCUUUGGAUGGGUGAAUGACGUAGUUCAUGUUUUGCUACUAUUUCCCAGUGCUGGAAAACGUUGGAUAUUUCAGAAUUCUGUUCUUCCAUAUCUUCUCCAAAAUAUGGACCUACGAACAGGUUAGCUGAAGUCUUUGGAGUUUGGUUUGAGCUACCUUGGACAGAGAUCCGUCAUUCAACAUCCACACCUGUUGCUACUCGUAGAGCAUCAUGUACAUGGAUAAAAGUACUCUGAGAGGGCCCCAGCCCAAGCCUCAAGUGCUUGUUAAAAGCCUCUCCUUGGAGCCAGCUCAUAUCCCAGUACACCCAGAGAAACCCCAGAGGCUCCGAUCUGAUCCUGGAAACUCCUCUGACUGUAAUGGGUCUGCCCCAGAUCCCUGCAACCCCAAGCCGGCUCCUCCUCGACGUCCAGCUCACGCCAAACCCGAAGUUCCUCCAAAGCCCGCACAUCUGCAGAGUGUGAGAAGACCCCGGACUCCCGGUCAUAUUCCUCCACCCCCUUCACGUCCGUUGCCAGCAGAUCCCCGACUCUCACGGGUGUCUCUGCGUCCGGACAAGGAUGGGACCCCCUCAGCAGUUACCUCCUUGAUUGAGAAAUUUGAGAGAGAGCCAAUCAUCCCACCCGAACGCACUUAUCCAGUCAACGACUCCGACGGCCAAACUGAGGUCGACAACGGACCCUCUCAACAUUCUGGUUACAGUAUGGGAGAGCUGGAGAACAAACUCUUGGAUCUUCUUGAGCCAGAUGAAUCCCAGUCCAGUUUAGAGAGGAGGCGAAGACUUGUGGUGGGAGGGGGAGAUGCAGAAGAAAGGGGGGAACAGGACUCCUUAGGAAAACUGGCAAACAGGGACAGUGGCAUUGACAGCAUCAGCUCUCCAUCUACCAGCGAGGAGAUGUGUUUCCUUGGGGAGGUGGAGGAAGGCGGGCGAGAAGAGAUGGAGCCCCCACAUAUUACAGCACAACAUGGCUCUACUCGUGACUCAGAGGGUGACAGCGACAUGGAGGACGGCAGUGGGGGGGAAGAAGAGAUCCUUGUCGGGAGGAUAGACUCAUGCACGUUCACAGCACGCCAGAAAGUAUAUAACAUCGCUAAUGAGCUGCUGCAGACUGAGAAAGCCUAUGUGUCCCGCUUACAUCUCCUGGACCAGGUGUUCUGUGCUCGGCUCAUAGAGGAAGCUGGAACAAAAGGCUCUUUCCCUAUUGAAGUAGUUAUGGGAAUUUUCUCCAACAUCUGUUCCAUAUAUUGCUUCCAUCAACAGUUCCUCCUGCCAGAGCUGGAAAAGCGCAUGCAAGAGUGGGAUUCCAAUCCUCGGAUUGGGGACAUCCUGCAAAAGCUAGCUCCCUUCCUCAAGAUGUAUGGCGAGUAUGUGAAAAACUUUGACAGAGCCAUGGAGCUUGUGAACACAUGGACAGAGCGAUCGUCCCAGUUCAAGAGCAUCAUUCAGGAGGUGCAGAAGGAGGAGGCCUGCGGUAACCUGACAUUACAGCACCACAUGCUGGAGCCUGUCCAGCGGAUUCCUCGUUAUGAGUUGCUUCUGAAGGAUUAUCUCCAGAAACUGCCAGAGGAUUCCAGAGACCGCAGAGACGCAGAAAAGUCUUUGGACCUAAUAGCAACAGCAGCUGAACACUCUAAUGCAGCUAUCAGGAAAAUGGAGAGGAUGCAUAAACUCCUCAAAGUCUAUGAGCUGUUAGGUGGUGAAGAGGAUAUUGUCAGCCCCACUAAUGAGCUCAUAAAAGAGGGGCACAUCCUGAAACUGUCUGCAAAGAAUGGGACCACUCAGGACAGAUACCUCAUUCUGUUCAAUGACCGCCUGCUCUACUGUGUCCCGAAACUGCGUCUGAUUGGUCAGAAGUACAGUGUGCGAGCCAGAAUUGACGUAGAUGGGAUGGAGCUGAAACACAGCAGCAGCCCUAACCUGACAAGAACCUUUCUAGUGUCUGGAAAACAACGAUCCCUGGAGCUCCAAGCCAGAACCGAAGAAGAGAAAAAGGAAUGGAUUCAGGCUAUUGAAGCCACCAUGAGUCGUCAUGAGCAGACAGUAGAGCAGUUCAAACUGCUAAAUUCCUCUCAUCGAGAAGAUGAAGAAACCCCCCCCAAUUCACCGAACACAGACCUGGGUAAGCGAGCGCCGACGCCAAUCAGGGAGAAGGAGGUAACCAUGUGCAUGAAAUGCCAAGAAGCUUUUAACUCUAUAACCAAAAGGAGGCACCACUGCAAAGCCUGUGGCCAUGUGGUUUGUGGAAAGUGUUCAGAAUUUCGUGCUCGGCUGGUCUAUGACAACAAUCGAACAAACCGCGUGUGUGUGGACUGUUACACUGCCCUACACGGUUCUGUCCUCAGCCCAGCUUACAACACUCACACGCCUCAACGCAGGAAAUCCAUCUUAGAGAAACAGGCUUCAGUAGUAGCAGAGCACAGUAUAUUGUGCAGUUACAUGCAUUACAUGGAGAAGGGAGCGAAGAGCUGGCACAAAGGCUGGUUUGUCAUCCCUCAGAAUGAGCCCCUGGUGCUGUACAUCUAUGGAGCUCCACAGGAUGUAAAGGCUCAGAGGAGUAUCCCUUUAAUCGGCUUUGAGGUCACCCCAACAGAACAGUGUGAACGGUCCGAUCGCAAACACGUCUUCAAGAUCAGUCAAAGCCAGCUCAGCUUCUACUUCAGCCCCGAAACUGAAGAAUUUCAACGCCGUUGGGUAAAAGCACUUUCCCGAGCUGGACGAGGGGAGGAUUACAACACCAAACACUUACUCCUGGAGACUGAGGAAGAAACUGAAGGUACUGGAGAGACUCUAGGGGACACUUGAGGAUCAAUCCACUACACCUCCCUUUUGGAGACGCCGAAGAAGGACAUUUAGACAAAUCCAUUCAUCUUCAAUAGGGGACUAUUGCAAUGUGAGGCUAAACUUACCUAUAGUAGCUUCACACGGGGAGGGCUGGACUCACCCAUAGUACUUCCAUGUUCAACAAAAGACCUGAAAGAAAAAAGAACGGACAUGCUAACUCAGAGGACUUCUGAUGAACUAAACUAAGCAUUCUCCUCUGUGACAGCUCAAUGGGAUGGGGCUGGACUGACCCAUCAUCGCUUACAUAGGGAGGAGUUGGAUGGCUGGCUUGACCCAUUACCACCUCCUUCCUUGGUCAACUGAUGCUUCCACACUCCUGAACUCAUUCUUUACACAAACCCAUCACUGGCACUUUCUCUUUUUUUUUUUUUUUUUUUUUAUAUGUUAUGUAUUAUAAUUAUUUUAAUAAUAUUUAGCAACACUUUUUUAAGUUGUAAUUUUUGCUCGUUUUGGAACCAUGGGUUCCAUUUAAAUUUUUUUAUACCAUCAUUCCAAACUCCAUGCUUAAGUAUCUCAAAGUAGCCUGGUAGCAUGCGAGGUCCUGCCUUAAGAGAGUGACAGAAAUGUGGACAGGGUGCCAAAAAUCGAUUGAUUUCCAGCUUUUUGGGAAUCGAUCUAAAGUGCCAUAAUACAUGUUAUACGCUUAAUACCACUGAGGUGUAAUGUGCCACCUGUGUUCUUCCAAAUCUGCUUUCCGUUUUUGUGUACAAGUAUCCUGACAACUACGCCAAAAAUAAAAAGUCAAAUGCAUUAUAAAGUAGAACCGGUAGGCAGAUUGGAUGGAUGUGUUCCCAACUCAAUAUUCCACAACGAUAUAGUAAGUGGCCAUAUUCAUCUGUUAUAAAAGUGUAAUACAGGGCUACUGUAGCAAUGACAAAUCAGUCCUUUAUGACAUUCAUGAAUGCAUAGGUUGCAUUCCCUGGUGAUCAGAAGGUAUAGCAUUUCAUACACACAAGAACCUAAGUGCAUUAAAGUGUAUCUAUAGCCAAAACUUUUUUAAAGUAGGGAUCAUCCGUCAACUUUUUAUUGUUGUCUGUUUCCCUUUUAACAGAUUUUCCUUUACUUCCUUUCUAGUAAAACGGUGACCCCAAAACAGGAAGUGAAGGCAAAUCUCUCUAAUGGAGCACAGGAAAGCAGUAAAACCUGACAGGUUCUAACUCUUCCUCACUCUAUCCCAAAAAAUAAAAUAAUUACCUUUUGGGUAUAAAUACACUUUAUUAGAAAUCUAAAGUGUUCUAUGACCAAGUAUAUCAUUAUAAAAAGAAAUACAGGUAAAGUAUAAUGGAAGCAUACUAUACAGUUGGGUAUUGACUAUCUCUUCAGAUUAGUUUCUAUUUAGCUAAUGAAUACAUUGCUGGAAAUAAUGUUAUAUGUACAGAGAAAGCUGCAAAGUUGAUAUAUAGGAAAGCCAUAUUUUAG